AUGCGUGUCUCUACUCUUACUGGUAGUCUGCUUCUAGCAGCUACCCCUCUUGUCUUUGCUGCUUCUCCGUCUGAUCCGGUCAAAAAUGCAAUCUACAAGGAUCCAAAGGCGAGUGUUGAGGAUAGAGUCGCUGACUUGGUGUCGAGGAUGACGUUGGAUGAGAAGAUUGGUCAAUUGAUGCAAGGUGAUAUGUCCAAUUGGUUGAACAUUAACACCGGCGCAUACAAUCGAACCGGCCUUGAGGUAAACUUUGAAUACAAACAAGGAUCCUUCUAUGUCGGAUUCCCUAUUCUCUGGAGCUGGAUGCUUGAUAACGUCAAGCGUGGACAGCAAUACUUGGUUGAGGAGACUCGACUGGGUAUUCCGGCCUUCGUUCAAACCGAAGGUCUCCACGGAUUCCUACUCCCCAAUGCUACGAUCUUCAACUCCCCAAUCGGCUUUGGAUGUUCUUUCAAUCCCGAACUUGUCCAAAAGGCCGCUGAUGUUAUCGCAAAGGAAGCUGCGGCUUUUGGUGUAAACCAAUUGUUCGCUCCGGUCUCGGAUCUUGCCCGUGAGCUCCGAUUCGGUAGAGUCGAGGAAUGUAACUCCGAAGACUCUUUCCUUGCUGCCGAGAUCUCUACUGCUCUCAUUAAGGGUUUCCAGAACCGUGGGGUUGCUGCUAUGCUUAAGCACUUCGUCGGUGCUAGUGGUCCCGAGGGCGGUAUUAAUACCGCCCCAGUUCACGGUGGUGAGCGAGAGCUCCGAACUACUUGGCUCCACGCCUUCAAGAAGCCAAUUGUUGAAGGUGGUGCUAUGGCUAUCAUGUCUGGAUACACUGCUUAUGACGGCGUACCGACUGUUGCGGAUCACCAUGUUCUCACUGACAUUUUGAGAAACGAGUGGGGCUACAAGUACUAUGUCAUGAGCGACGCCGGUGCCACCGAUCGUCUUGCGGACGCUUUCAAAAUCUGUCCACCGAAGAACACACAAGCCGGCCGCGAGUGUAUCACUAAGAAGAUUCUCGAGGCUGGUAACGAUGUUGAGAUGGGUGGUGGUUCCUUCAACUUCCGGUCGAUUACCAACUUAACUAAGAAUGGACAGCUUGAUAUCGCAGUUGUUGAUACUGCAGUUGCGAGACAAUUGAGGGCUAAGUUCGCUAUCGGAUUGUUUGAGAAUCCAUAUGCAUCUGUUCCUACCUCGCAGGUUAACAGGACUGUUCACACUGAAAGGAACCUUGCCGUUGCCAGGGAGUUGGAUCGUGAAUCUAUUGUUCUUCUCGAGAAUCAUGAUAAGGCUCUCCCAAUCUCUAAGUCUGCCAAGGUUGCUGUUAUUGGUCCUAUGGCCCAUGGAUUCAUGAACUACGGAGACUACGUCCCAUUCCAGUCCUCUCAGCGCGGUGUCACCCCAUAUGACGGUAUCAAAGCAGCCAUCGGUGCCAACAACGUCGUCUAUGCUAAGGGCUGCGAACGUUGGUCCAACGAUGACUCCGGUUUCCCAGAGGCUAUCGCCGCCGCCGAAUCCGCUGAUAUUGCCGUCGUCGUCGUCGGUACCUGGUCUCGUGACCAAAACGAACUUUGGCAAGGUCUCAACGCCACCACUGGUGAACACGUCGACGUCCACUCUCUCAAUCUAGUCGGUGCUCAAAGGAAACUCGUCCGUGCCAUCGCUGAUACUGGAAAACCCACCGUUGUUGUAUUCUCCUCUGGUAAACCAAUUACCGAGGAUUGGAUCGCAAACUCCACAUCUGCUCUUGUUCAACAAUUCUAUCCAUCUGAACAAGGUGGUCAUGCUCUUGCCGAUGUUUUGUUCGGUGACUACAAUCCCUCCGGAAAGCUUUCCGUUUCCUUCCCACAUGACGUUGGUACCACUCCUUCUUACUACGACUACCUCAACUCCGGCCGAAGCUGGCCAGAUCCAGGUAAAGAAUACGAAAACGGUACUCUCGUCUUCGGCCACAACUACGUUUUGAACAACCCAGUUCCAUGGUACCACUUCGGAUUCGGCCGUUCCUACACCACCUUCAAAUUCAGCAAUAUCAAGCUAAACAAGAAGACCGUCGGAUACGCUGAAGCUCAAAAGGACGGAACCAUCACUGCCAUUGUUGAUGUUACAAACACCGGUGAUCGCGAAGGACAGGAAGUCAUUCAGAUCUAUAUCCGUGAUUUGGUCAGCAGUGUUGUGCAGCCGAAUCAGUUGUUGAAGGGGUUCAAGAAGGUUAAUCUUAAGCCCGGUGAGACUAAGAACGUUAGGGUUAAGAUUGAUGUAUCGGAUUUGGGGGUUUGGGGACUUGGGAUGAAGUAUGAAGUUGAAAGAGGAGAGUUUGAGGUUGCGGUUGGAAGUAGUGCUGUUGAUAUUCAUGGUACUGCUAUCUUUGAGGUUGUUUAG